GGAGGAACGGUCAACCACCGUAGCACUGAACUAUCUAGUACUGCCAGUUUAGUACAGCAGCCAGGAUCUAGUGAAGCAUCAGCACCUCCUCUACCUGCUCCAAGAACUACAGCGAGCGGUGUGGGACUCAUUCAGCAGGACACGCUAUCUGCUCUGUCUUGCGCAGCUUGGGGUCCAGGUCCUGUGGGGGAAGGUAUCGAAGAGAGUGGGUCUGCUGUGAGCACUCCCUGAGCGGUAGUUACGGCAGUGGUGUCGGCGUCAGCGUCGGCGGUAACGUUCUUGGGUGGGGCGGUAGCCAAGCAGGGGGGGCUGGUCCCGCUGCUGUAGUGAGCGGCCGCGCGAAGGGUGGUGUCGGCGGCCGAGUCCCUGUGCGGAGCGGUGUGCAACCCUCACCAGGAACGGGAGUUGGUGCCCUUAACGCCAACGGCGGCAGAGGAGGUGGCAGACCUGCGCGCACUCUGAGCGGUGGUAGAGGUGGUGGUGCCGGCGUCGGCGGCCAACGCCCUGGGCGGGGCGGUAGCCAAGCAGGGGGGGCUGGUCCCGCUGCACCAGCGAAUGGCCGCGGGAGAGGCGGUGUGCAACCCUCACCAGGAACGGGAGUUGGUGCCGUUAAUGCCAGCGGUGGCAGAGGAGUCGGCAGACCUGCGCGGACAAGGACCACACUAAACCGUCGGUGCUCCGCGUGUGGUGCAUUGCCUUCAUACGGAAACCAGAAAAAGAGACUCUGCCUGGAGGAUAGGUGCCCGCGAUGGGCGUGUAGGGCGCGCUGCAACCACGGGUUCAACGAGGAUCUCCAACUGAAGUGCUGCGAGUGUCACAAAAGCAUCAAGACGUGGUGCGAGUGCAAAAGCUGCUCAAGGAACACGGGCGGUGCCACCAGCCAACCGGGUAUCAAGGGGUACGGGUUUGGUCGCCGGAUUAGGGGCGGUAGAGGACGAGGAGCCCCGCGGCAUGUACCCGUGAGCGUGAUUCGCUUGCCUGCAGCUAUAGUGCUGAAAACACCACGCUGUCGAUGAGUUUCCUUUUGUCCAAGGUGUUGCUGAAUUGUCGUCGUUACUGAAUUGUCGUCGCAUGUUUACUCGUCUUGUUCGUUUCUCAGGAUGCUUCUUCAUCAGCGAUCGGUUAGCCAAACAGCGGGGGCCAACGCUGGCGUUCAGAGUGCUACGGGGGCCAUUUGCGAGCACGCCGCUGCGUCGUUGGAGGCGCUUGACAAGAACACGGUGGUGGACGCGACGCCUAUCUUUUUCAACGGCAUCAACGGAUGUCCGUACGCGGGUUUGACCGCGUGUAUCUCGCAAGCCCGAGCUAAAGCGUUCUUGUCGGAAGUCGAAGAAACGUUGUUGGUGGGGAUGGUGGCGGAGGCAAAAGACAUCGGCGUGUACCCAGUCGUCCAACUAGGCGAGUGGGGAUACGCCGUGAGCGAGAGGCGAAGGUGGCGGCAAGGGCAAGGGCAAGGGCAAGGGCGCGUUGAGGAGGAUCACUGCUGCCCGGGCUUGAUGUGCAAGGCAAACCGGGGGGGACCCUGUAGCGAGUACGAGAAGAAGGACCGAAAGUGUCUUCACACGUUGGUGGUCGCCCUUGCCCUUUGGCAAGAGGAGGGUAUGCGAGAUGAAGGGUUGGGUGUCGGGCAGGUAGACAUGGAUGGAGGUAGAAUUCCAGACGGAACGCCGCGCACGGCGCAAAAAAUGCUCGACAAGGAUGCACCGGCGUAUCGCAAGGGCUUGGCAAACUGCCUGAACACCAUGUCGGUCUACAAGUUCCCGGAGAACCUCCCUUUCGGCCUGGGACGUCGUGGUGCCACCACGAACGCAAACGCCAGCAUCACUUACACUACAUCUCAGAAGACAUGUUCAGGGUGUGGUCGUGACUUCCAUACGGAGAAUCAGCAUACCGUGGUUGCAACUCGGUUGACAGAGGGGCCAGGCAUGUCGAAAGUGAACGUGCACACAAACGAGUGUGAGACGUGCGGUAUCCACGGAUUGGCCAGUGACAACUGGCGGGAGACUGGUUUGUUCAACUACAACAACAGCUAUCUGGUGGAGCUGUCUGUCCUGUACAGAUGCCUGGAGGCGUUCACCAGGGGUACGACUAUAAGCGCCUUCUUCGAGACGUUUUUAGAACCUUUGGCGAGUGACCUGGUCUGGAUCAAGGCGAACCCUGAUCUCAGCAAAAGGCUCGCAAACGGCACCAACUUGCUCAACGUGCUCAACAACAUUUUCUUGGCGUUCCUGGCCCUCAUCGACCACACUUUCGAGUUUCGGUGCUGGAUGUGGGGGAAGUUUCCGCCGAUCCUCACUUUCGACGCCUGCAUGAAGAUCGCCUGCAACUUCGUGACUCUGGGGCAGGUGAUCGCGUCGAGACCCGAGCAAGACAUCAACACUGACCUCGUCAUGAAUCUUCUGCAGUUGAGCAUGGUAUCGCCGGCCUGGUUCGGCGGCACGAGGGUACAGUUUGUUGUCGGGGCCGGGGAGACGGUUGGAAACGCGCCAGCGUGGGUGUCGCCAGACAUCCGACUGUCGGAGAUCUUCCACAAGACACAGCGUGGGGUGUUGCAGGGAAGCAACAACACCGCCUUCGUUGAGCAAGGCAAUGGCGCUCUCCUUAUCGAGAGGCUGGAGGGGAAGGCGAUCGGUGACCAGUCCGGCAUGGACGUGGCGACCCUGAAAGGCCACAUGAAGGCCUGCUGGCCCGAUGGAGGCGUUUCAAAGUUCUCUACCAAGGAGCCGAUGGUGUCGUUUUGGGAAUCAGAUGGCAACCCCAACCGCGGGUCUUGCUCGAAGCAUUUCGUGAGCCGAGAACGUGGCGUUUCAGAAGGGGUGAUGGGUGUCUUCACGCGAGUAUGGUCAUGGUUAUCCACAAGGUGCUGCUUACUGCGGAGGGCGCGGUGGACAUGA